GAAGUCGAGGGUAACACGCAGCACAAUGUUUCCGUAAAAAAGCCGCGGUUUCCAGCAAACUGGCUGGUGCAUUUGUUAAAUUUUUGCUGAAAAAAUCCUCGUCUGGACGAGGGACGCACUACGACGGUAUUUUCAUAACAAAGGCGUGCGUCAUAGAAGGUGCAAGAUGUCGAGUUCUUUUAUUGUAGAACCUCGGGAAAAUGCGCCCAAGAAAGACGAGACGUUGAUCAUCAUGGUUAGCGAUGACGGAACGAUUUCUGUUGACGAAGACACUUUACAGAACCUGAUAAUGAGCCAGACAAAUGCUGAUGUUAGCGUUGUAAAGUUGGGCCCAACAGAGGGCGACACAGAAAACGGCGGUAUCACUCUCACAGUUGAUCCUCCGCGUCGGGCAACAACAGUUUCUUCGGAAAACACAAGAAACGCAUCGCAAACGACAACGACGACAACGUCGUCGUCGUCGAUAACCACAACUGCCGAAGGGACAGCAAUCGUCGAUCCCUUCAUGGAAAUGGAUCCCGAGCAGUUGGAAAGGCUCGAAACAGCCUUGCAGAGCGAGGAGGCGAAACAAAUACUUGGUGAAAAUGUUACUGCAAUGCUGGACAUGCUGACUGUUGAGGAGAGGCAAAAUUCGUUGAAACAUAGCAUUGAGUUGGAUCAUUGCUACACGAGUAGAUUAUCUCCCUCGGAACCAAAACCUAGCGAUCCUUUGCCGAUUGCUCAUUCGCCAGAAAUUGAUGCGCAACAUGUCGCACAAAGUUCAGUAACGUCGACUGCGAGUCCCUCGCCUAGUGCUGGUAAUCUCAAAGCUGCAAAGAUAGUGGCGGGACGACCCAGAAGAAGUGUUACUGCUACUUCUUUUAUUGGCACUCCUAAAACUGCUGGCAAUGCAGCAUCAAGAAGUGCACUGCAUCCUCUGUUACAAGACAAAGGAGCACAUAAACAAAACGACGAUGAGGCCGAGGAAGAGGAUUCAUCCUUGUCACUGUCGGAGUCUUCCGAAUCGGAUUCGCCUUCCGAUAAUGAUUCCGAUUUUGGACCUCGCGGUCCACGAAGAAGUGGCGUGAGAGCGAGAGGAGGUCGAAAAGGUCUGACGACCAGAGGAGGCAGUAUGGCUGCUCGAAGAAGAGGUUCAAACAAACGCAUGGACAGUGAUCAAGUGCGAAGACUCGAUUUGGAAAUGGCAGCGGCUGUGGAUGCAAUGAAGAGUCCUGAAAAGGAAGAAAAAAUAGACAAAGCCAAUCUUAAAGCGAAGAAGGCAAGAACUAUUGGUGGAAAGAAGAAGGAGGAAACUCCGGCAAUACCGGUUGUGACUCCCGAAGCUUCUCCCGUCGAAAAACCAUUGCUCACGACAAAUCAAGUUAAGGCGAAUCUUAUAAACGCAAACAUGAUCAAGGGCGACAUGAUCUUGACGAAGCCAGGCGAGACGAGAAGUAAUCAGAAAGUGAUUUUUGUGCAAAAGCAGAUUGUGAUGAAAGCUAACGAGAUGAAAAUUAGCGACAUGAAAAUUGGGUUGAAGAAGUCGCCGAUUAUUCUGCCGAAAGGGAAAUUGAUCAGUCAGUCUCCAACGAGUCCGAAAAUCACGACCAAGGAUGGCAAAUUGGUGUCAAUACCUAUGCUUCCGAAAUCUAUUGUACACUCGACACCAGGCAGUCAGCCGAGAAUCGUGAGUUUGGGCCAGCUCCAAGUUUCGGAAGCUAAUCAAGUGAUUCAUCAUCAACAGCCGCAAAAUUCACCACAACAAACACAGCAACAUCAGCAGCAUUCACAACAGACGCCGAAACAUAUUCCACAGCUAACACCCAGACAUACACAACAAAACACAGCGCAAAAUACGUCACAACAAAUACAACAUACGCCUAAAAAUGCGCCGCAACAUACGAUACACCAUACGCCACAACAUGGAGCACAUCAUACACCAAAGCAUACACCUAAACAUCCAGUACAACAUGCAGGCCAGGCUGCAGCGCAACAGCCAAUCACGCCAAGUCAGAGUAAGGUUCAAACUGUCAUCACAGCGAUUAAUAAAGCGAAGCCUGUCGAAGUGAAAAAGGAGAAGAAGAAGAUUGAGACUAUUGCGGAAGCUCCGGCGAAAAUUGAUGAAGUUGCCAAGAUUCCCGAGGCGGCGAAAGUUGUUCCGGAAGUUAAAGGAACACCCGAUGCUUCAAAAAAGCAUGUGAAGAAGGAACAGAAAAAGUCGCCCGCGAUACUCGCAGAAGCACUGGGGCCAGCUUUGUUUUCAACGCCCGACAUUAUUCGAAGAGUGAGUGUCGGAAGCGAAUCAAAAAAUCCUGAAAAUCCUACCACAACGGCCCCGGUUCCUUCGACAAUUACUGCGCCAGCAGCAACUCCACAAAUUCCAAUUCUGCCGUCCUCAACUCCCGUAAAAAGUGCAGAAACGCCUUCAAAAACUUUGCAAGUUCUUCCAAAGAAUGUACAAAUUGCGAAAACUCCGGAAUCAGUUCAAACUCAAGCGGCUACGAAUCCCGAGCCUGCGACCACUAAUACUACUACUACUACUAUUACUCCUGUUGCAAACGAUUCGACGCCGAAUUUAGAAACUAAAUCGGAUCCGAGUACAAUUUCUGAGCCUUUGCCUGCAGAAGAACCGAUGGAAGUUGAUAGUGAGAAUAGUCAGAUUGCUCCCGUGAUUUCAAAAGAUCAGAAAGUUGAAGUAAAAGCCCCCCUUGCCGAGGAAUUACAAUCAUCUUUGGAUCCUGUCGUACCUGAGGAAGUUUCGGAACGAACGGAACAACCCAAUGUUUCAAAUGAUAUUGAUCCUAAGCAAAGUGGGAUUGAAGGGGAGGAACAUUUAUUGGCCACAUUGGAGAUGGAAGCAAGUAAACACGAAGAUGAAUUACUCGCUGAGGCAUUGUUGUUGCAGGAGGAACUGUGUGUUGAUUUGGCUUCUGGAUUAGAUUCAUCAGCAGUUUCGGAGCCUCUCUUGUCGCCCUCGAAAUUUGAAUCUCCCGUUUUGCCUCCAAAAGAACCUGAGGUAAAAAAAACGCCAGCAGUUCCAAGUGAAGAAAUGACUAAGCUAAAUGAAAAUUCGGAUCAGUCUAAAAAGAAAGAGGAGAAGGAACCGAUUCAAAUUAUUCGGGGCGGUCGUGUGAUAACUUUGCCGCCAAUUGAAGCUCCUGCGACAAGAAGCAAAAAAUUACAGGCGAGGAAUGAGAGUCCUCAAAAUAAAAGGGAGGCGGUUCCAAAAUCAGAAAAACCGAGCAAGCCUACCCUAGAAGAAUUAAUCCAAAGGGAAGAAAUGGAAUCGGAGGCAGAUGACGACGAGUUUGAAGACGAAGGUGACGAAAAUUCCGAUUCUGAGGAUGAUCCCGAUCGAUUAUGGUGUAUUUGUAAAAGGCCGCAUAAUAAUCGAUUUAUGAUUUGUUGUGACGUGUGUGAAGAUUGGUUCCAUGGAAAAUGUGUUCACGUCAGCAAAGCGAUGGGACAACAAAUGGAAGAGCAGGGCAUCGAGUGGGUCUGUCCCAACUGUACAAAAAAGAAAGCUGAGGAAACAAAAGGAAAACAUGCUGCUGCUGCUGCUGCUGCUGCUGCUGCUGCUUCGCUAUUAAUUUCGAAACGCAAAUCGACUGAAGCUCUUUUUCAAACUUUGGACGGGAAAUCGAGGGUGGCGUCUCCGAGUCGAAAUAUUGUUACUAUCGCAGACGGCACGAAUUCUGCCCUGGAAAAAAUAGCGGCCCAAGGUUCUGGAAUAACUCAGUGUGUUGUUUGUAAAAAGGAGGCAAGAAAUUCAAGCAUUUAUUGUUCGGAUAAUUGUAUCUUGGCACACGCGCAAGAAACUUGGCCGAAGGAUAAACCAGUUCCGGUUCCGGUUCCGUCGCCUAAAACGGCGAGAGAAAUUUCGAAAGGUUUAAAACCAGAGGGUAGAGUGAUGGUUUUUGAAAGAAAAACUGGCAAAGUUUUUACAGGUGCUGAAGCUCCGACCGCGGCGAAUCUGAAAACUUGGCUGAAGGAGCAUCCAACCUUCGAAGUUGUGAGGCCAAAUAAUCUCAACACAUUCAAGAUUGGCGGGAAAACUGUCACGUCUAUUCAAACCCUAGAGGCGGGUAAACAGGUGAAACUUUCGCCACAAGAAAAAUCACAGCUCCAUCCCAAGAUGGUUUUCACCAAAGUACCGGGUUCAAAGCAAACUGUCUUGGCACCGAGUACGAAGAAAACAAUUCUUGUACCCGCAGCACGAAAUUCUCCGCCACCUUUAAAAAUCAAAGUGCCACCAUCGCCGAAAACGCCCGUUUUGAAGCAAACAACAAUCAAGCCACUGCCACCAGCCAAAGUACAAACGCCGACAAUUAAGCCGAUGAAGAAGCAAGAAUCAAAAACACCGAUUAUAAAACAACAACAGCAGCAACAGCAGCAGCAGCAACAACAACAACAGCAGCAACAACAAUCGCAGAAAUCGCCACUGCCGCGAAAAUCCGAGACUGAGCCGAUACGCGUCAAUGUGCGAAAGACAAUUGGCGAUUCGCUGAUGACGAGGAUCAAGGCGACCAGUGACUUGAAAUUGACCCCGGAGGAAAUUUCCGAUUUGGCUCUCACCAUCGAGCUCGAGCUGUACAAAUAUUUCAAGGACACGGGCUCGAAGUACAAAGCCAAGUAUAGAAGUCUCGUCUUCAAUAUCAAGGACACCAAGAAUUUGACCCUAUUUCGAAAAAUAGCCGACCGAUCUCUGACACCCGACGCCGUGGUGAGACUGAGCGCCGAGGAGAUGGCGAGUCAAGAAUUAGCCGAGUGGCGGGAAAAGGAGACGAAGCAUCAGCUCGAGAUGAUCAAGAAGAACGAGCUGGAUCUGAUGGCGCAGGCAAAAUCGAUAGUUGUCAAGACGCACAAGGGCGAGCAGGUAAUUGAGAAUGAUCGGAGUGAUCCCGUCGAUCCGAAAACGGCCGUUCAGGAUAUUGUGACGGCGCUGAAUCGUGGCAAUAAUCUCGAGAAGACGACGACCACGACGACCACGACGACGACGAUGAGCAGCGACGAGAAGAAGAGAGAAGAGGUGAAAGAGGAGGCGAAAAGGUUGAAGUUGGAGAAGAGGCGGGAGAAGGAGGAGCGAGAGAAGUUGCGCGAUCAGGAGAAGAAGAGGAGAGAGCGAAGCAAGAGCCGACAUCGGCACAGUCGUGAUUGUGAUGAUCAUAGUAAAACGCGGGAGAAGAGCAAGGAGAGAAAGUCGACGAGGAAUAAUAAGGAGAGUAAAAAGGAGAAGGAUCGUGAUCGGGAGAAGGAGAGAGGACGAGAUCGGGAAAAGGAUAAGAAGCACAAGAGGAGCAAGAGUAAGAAUCGAAAGAGCAGUCACAAGGAUUACAGCAAGGAGAAGGAGAAGAUUGAUGAGAGGACUUUGAAGAAGGAUCUGGAUAAGAAGAAGGAUCCGACGCCACCGCCGCCGCUGCUGCCGCCGCCGCCACUACUCGAGAAAUCAAUUGACGAUCGUCUCUGGCGACACAUUGACGAUGAAACGACCACGAAUACCUUGGACGGAAACGAUUCGGAUUUGUCGGAUCGUGAGCCAAGUUCGACGGUUAAUAUAAAAACGCCAGAUAUCAAUGAUGAUUUCGAGAUUGAGAAGGAUCUCGAGAGGGAGAAGGAUGUGCCGCGGGGUCCUCUGCAAACGGUCUGGCGAGGAUUUGUGAGUAUGCCCGAUGUCGCGAAAUUUUUUAUUACCGCGCAAGAAGUGAGCGGACAGGCACGCGAUCUUAUGGAGGAUUUGCCGGACACGGUGGACGUUGUCGGGAGAAUUGGCCACGAGACUGUUUGGGACUAUAUUUCGAAGAUGAAGAAGAACGGCACGAAGGAGAUUCUUGUGAUUAGACUGACGGCGGCGAAUGACGAGGAGAAAAUACCCUAUAUUACCCUCUACAGUUACUUGAAUAGUCGCAGUCGUCUGGGCGUUGUCGGCAAUGUCUCGAAGAAUAUCAAAGACUUUUAUAUAAUGCCAUUCUCGAAUUUGGGCCAGGUGCCGAAUGUCCUUUUGCCCCUGGAUGGGCCCGGAUUUGAGGAGCAGAGGCCGCCUCUUUUGCUCGGCAUUAUCGUGCGCAAUAAGAGAAAACGACCGGCGCCAAGUUUACUUCCAGUUGUUGUGCCGGCCAAAAUUGUCAAGAAGGAUCAUCAUCCGGAUCGAAGUUAUACGCCGCCGCCGCCCCCAAUGCCGGCCACUCUUAUGCCCGUGAAAGACGAGAAGAGCACGACUCCGCCCUCGUCGCCAAAGUCAUCGCUUCACAAGGGCAUGAUUGUUGAGAGUAGCGGCAGCAGUAGCCUGCCGCCGGAAAAGGUGAUUGUCACUCAGCAGACUCUCGAGAGUUUGAAUAAGGCGCAAAUUGGUAUGUCGCGAACGGUUAUUGAUAGUGCGACGAUAUCGAAAAUUGUCCCGGAAUUGUCGUCGAAGAUUGAUUUGACGUCGGCGACACUUGCGAAGAGGCGACAGGAGCCGGAGGAGGAUGAGGAGGAGGAGGAGGAGGAUGAUGAUGAGCCGUACAGUCCUGGGGAGAUGGACGAGGAUGGUGAUGAUGAUAAUGAUAAUGAUGAUGGUGAUGGUGGUUUGAAAAGGCAGGAUAAUGCCGUUUUGGCGGAGAGUAAGAGUGCAAAUAGUGAACUCCAGAGGAAGAUGGACGAGUUGAAUAGGCAAAUUGAGGAGCAGAAGCAACAAAUUCAGAGUAUCAGCUCGUCUUUCCUCGGCGACGGGACGAAUACUCUACCGGGCCUGGGACUCGAUCCCGAGACAGUCGAAGGAGACGAUGCUUACAGUCCCUCGGACACUCGAUCGUUCACUCCGCCACCGCAGGGUCUCGCGAAAUUCUCUCAUCAGCCAAUACUCGACAAGGUUUCCGACAUCACAAUUCCCGCGAACCUGCAAGAAAUUCUGGCAAACGUAAAACGUCAGGAAACAACGAAAGUCGAUCCCUAUCUUCCCUCGAAACCUGGAGCAUCAUUCCUGACUUCAGUGAACACGAGGGGCCAGAAAUCGGACAGAUUCUCGCCAUUUGGGAAAGGCGCAACUUCGACCCGAUUCAACGAGAAGAAUUCGGAAGGAGAAGCCGCGAAAGUGAGGGAGACGACGAAAACUAGCACUCUGAGCUCGAUGAGUGAACUCGAUCUGAUAAAAAAAGCAGCUGAGCAAUUGGCCACGGAGCCAUUUCCCCCACCUUCCGUCGCCAUGCCUCCUGGACUUUUUUCCGUGAUUUUGCCGCCCCCGACUCCGGCAGUGCCGCCGCCUCUGCCUCCACCACCUCCAGCGACUUCGGCCGAUUCGCCGAGUCCUUCGAGUUCCGACUCUGUAGAUAAUAGCAUAAACUAUCCAUCGAAAAUCAAUGACUCGUUUAAGACGAGUCUCGCUUCCAAUCAACCCCGACCUCCCGGCCUCGAGGACGACGAUGAGAUCCCGAGUUUUCUGUCCCAGCCGACGACUCCCGAAAGUCCUUCCAAGACUGCGCUUCCUUCGAAAUUCCUGACCAAAAGUGGUGUUGUGUUAAGUGUUAAGCGAAAAUUAAGCGAAUCUGAGUCGCCUUCCAAGUCUCCAAGGACAAAAUCGAGGUGGGGUCAACCUCCCUCGGAUUAAUUUCAUGUUUUUUUUUUUUUUUUUUUUUUUGUUUUCUAGAAUCUGUGAAAAGAGCACGAAGUAGUGCAGCCAUUUCUAGAGGAAAAAUGGUUACAUGUUACAGGAGAGAGCCUCUAGGUGGCGAGAUUUUUGUAUGUAAAAUUAGUUCAAUCUUAGUCGAUGGAGGCUCUGUAAUAUCCAGCCGGUCUUGCUGUAAGAAUAAUAGUUAUUCCGGGAAAAAUCUUCAUUUUUACUACUUCGUGGUCUUGAGUAAUGCUUGUAAUUUUAUUAUACCCUAUUUCCUAAAGUAAAACUUGGCUUGGAUGCUGGAAGAAUCACGAUGAAGACAAGAAAUGUGCAGUUGAAAAAAGAAUGAUUUUGACGUGACUUUGCAUACGUGAGCCUUCGUAAGAGUUGCUAUUGUUUUGAUGAUUUAGUAUCUUAUUGAAGAUAGAUGAAGAAAUGACUUAAUUGCAUUUCGGAUCAGUUCUAGAAUUGUGGAUCUAGAAAGUUUUCAAAGUUCUAGAACUGUUACAAUAUUGGAUUAAUUUUAUUUCGGAUCAGUUCUAGAAUUGUUGUUCUAGAAAGUUUUCAAAGUUCUAGAACUGCUGGACAAUUGGCUUAGUUGCAUUUCGGAACAGUUCUAGCAGGUUAUAGAACUACCCAAUAAACUUAUUGCAUUUGGGAUUAGUUCUAGAAUUGCGGUUCUAGAGAGUUCUAGAAUAGUGGUUCUAAAAAGUUCUAGACUUGUGGUUCUAGAAAUUUUUCAAAGUUCUAGAAUUGCUACCCAAUUGGCUUAAUUGCAUUUCGGAAUAUUUCUAGAAUUUUUAUUCUAGAAAGUUUACAAAGUUCCAGAAAGUUUUCAAAGUUCUAGAACUGCCACCCAAUUGGAUUAGUUGCAUUUCGCAUCAGUUUUACAAUUGUGGUUCUGGAAAGUUCUAGAGUUGUGGUUCUAGAAAGUUCUAGAAUUGUCGUUCUAGAAAGUUCUAGAAUUGUUGUUCUAGAAAGUUUUGAAAGUUUUAUAACUGAUAGCUAAUUGGCUCAAUUGCAUUUCGGAUCAGUCUAGAAUUGUGGUUCUAGAAAGUUGUAGAAAAUUCUAGAAUUGCUACUUAGUUGGCUUAAUUGCAUUUUGGAAUAGUUCUACAAUUUUCUUUGUAGAAAGUUUUCAAAGUUCUAGAUGAUUUUCAAAGUUGUAGAACUACUACCCAAUUGGCUUAAUUGCAUUUCGGAUCAGUUCUAGAAUUGUAGUUCUAUAAAGUUCUAGAACUGCUGCCUAAUCGGCUUAAUUGCAUUUUGGAUCAGUUCUAGAAAGUUUCGAAAGUUCUUGAACUAUUACCUAAUUGGCUUAUUUGCAUUUCGGAUAAGUUCUAGAAUUGUAGUUCUUGAAAGUUCUAGAACUGUUAACUAAUUGGCUUAAUUGAAUUUCGGAUCAGUUCUAGAAUAGUGGUUUCAGAAAUUUCUCGAAAGUUUUCAAAGUUCUAGAAAGUUUUCAAAGUUCUAGAAAGUGUCCAAAGUUCUAGAAAGUGUCCAAAGUUCUAGAACUGAUACCCAAUGGUUUCAAGUUUGUGACGCGGGUGUCGCUUACUUUAAACCCAAGAAUCAAAUUAUUAUUUUCACCGUUUUAAAUCCAAAAUGAAAACGUUGAAAAACUAAGGAUUAUUCGAAGUGUAGUUGUGCAUUUUUUUCUUGUGCCUAAUAUUUCUCGACCAGAUGAAGAUGGCCGAAGGUUAUUUUGUUAUUCUUUCAAAGUACCCGAGAGUUGAGGAUCAAUUCAAAUUGUAACUUUUAAAAUUGAAAAUUUGGAAAGCAACAGUUUCUGAUUCGAAUAUUUUUCUCUCGUGUCAAAUAAUUUCUUUCUAUAAAGAUUCACAUUUUUGAAGGUUUCAAAGCUCAAAUUUGGAACUUAUUUUUCUACAAAUAAAAUGGAUUAGAAUAAAAAAUAUUCUUCGCCCGUCUUAUAAAUAAUUUUAUUUAUAAUAUAUACUCGACGCAGUGUAAAAAGAAUUGGCUGGUUGUUCAAAUCUAGAAAUUUUUUUAAUUUAGAGAAUAAUCUGAUCCCAAAAAAGAAAGAAGCAUUAAGUUUAGUAUUUUGUGAUUCUUCAUCAGUUAGCAUCCAAGUGUCACUUUUGUAAAUACCAAAGCGAAGAGGAAGGUCGAAAAGAGUACGAUUCUUAUCCGCAAUUAUAAUCACAUGAAAGAAAAACAAAAAAAAAAACAAGGAAAUGUAUUGAUUGUACAUAAUCCGGAAGAAUGAUGUAAAAUAUUUGGCGGAAUUUCGAAUGGUGAAAAGUUGAGUAAAGCGUGUCACAGCAUGACUUAGAUACUGGCUGUGUAAAUAAUAAACAAAAUAUUAAAAUGAGAAUGUUUUGUGGAAAAAUGUGAUUAUAUAACGGCCAGGCGGUAUUCGAAAAAACGACGUGUCUAAAAAUUGUUUUGUACGUCCAUCUAGCUUUUCUCUCUUUUCUUGGCGAAUACUACAUUAGUUCAUUCGUGAAAGCUAGAAUGGUUGAGAAUUUAAGUUCCUAGUCAAAACUAUUGUUUUUUUUUUUUUCUGUUUUUUUUUUUCCAUUACCAAAAAAAAGGGUAUAGAAUGUUGUGGAUUUGAUUGGGAACUUUAGUGUGCUGCGAAAGUGUGAUUGAAAAAGUGUAAAGUUCAUUUUUAGCGUCGUAAAUGUUUAACUAAUUAGAAUUCGAUAAAUUUCAUGGAGAAUCAGCUGCUGAUUGUCUCAUUUCGUUUUAGUAUCUCGUAGUUUCGUUGAAAAGAAGAAUGCUCGAUACAAAAUUCUAGAAUUUUUAAUGAUCGACUCUGAAUAUAUAUUUUUUUUUGUCGCACCCUAUCUGGUUUCAAUUUUUCUAGAAUUGAAUUGAAGAAUGGAAAUAAUUUAUGUCGGUCAAACAAAAGGAGAACGGUAAAAAGUAAAUAUUUUUGUUUGACCUGGUUGAAUAAUGAAAAUAACUUUCCAGAGUCUCGCGUUUUAAUGGUUUUAAGAAAUAUGACGAGUUGAGUGUGAAUACCAUAGAGCAUGCAUAGAAUUUAACAAUCACUUGGUAUCUAGCAUUCUUUAAUUCUUUUAUUCCAAUUACACUAGGUUGAUUUAAAAAUGCUUUUAUUUUUUUUUUUCCUUCAAUUUUUCAUUCUUAUCGUCCCCAAAAAAAGGGGUUUUUCGGGGCGAUUUGGGGGAAAGUUGGAGGGGAAAAAAUUAUUUUGUCGAGCCUAAUUUACACGAUAGGGAAACGAGACGAUAAAAAUGAUUAAAGUCGUACUACUGUUGUAAUAGUAUUAGCAUAAUAAGUUCAGUUUUCGUAAAAUUAAAAUUUAUUUUUUUUUUAUUGAAAAUUGAAAAUUAUAAGUGGUAGGAAUUUUUUUGAAUGAGUGAGAAAAUUAUCUGUGAUUGUUGAUUUGAGAUAGAUUUUUUUGUUUUCUUUAAUUUUUUGACCAAAUGUUUUCUGCGUUUUGAAUUGAAUUCAAGAGGAAAAAUUCGUUCCAAAAAAUUCGUUCACAGUUUGAUUGUGAAUUUUAUGUAGGACUUUGUGUCUUACUAAAUGUGUAAGAUUUUGUAUAUAAUAAAUUUUUAUAGUUUUCAAAAUAAGUAGUUUUGAGAUGUAUGCAUUGUUGGCAUCCAAACUUUUAAUUCUUUUAGUCGAUAAAGUUAUCCGAAGUUAAUUAUUUAUUGCAGUUUGAUUAGAAAUAAUUUAUAAGAAUUAUUUUUGUCUUUUUUGAAUUUUAAGAGAAGCACCUUUUAGAAACUUAUUUUUUAAUAGUGCCCAUUUAUUAUAUAGUACUUACUAUAACUAUUAUUAUAAAUUAUAAAGAUUUAGUUGUAAAAAAAAAUUUUUCUUUUUUAACCGAGGGUAAUUUUUUCAUAAAUGCUUAGAAAACAAUUGGUCGUUGAUUGGAAUAAACAAAGUGGAUAGUUUCUUCUUUCAUUUAUUUCUGUGCUUCAGUAGUGCGACUCCAAAAGACAAAUACUUUCUGUUAUGAACAAAUCAAAGUAUAUGUAAUAUUUACAUAAAAUUUAUGUGCACAAAUUCUCAUGUCUGGGAGGGAAAACGUGCUAGAGUGGAUAAUUUAGUCUACAGUGGAUAAUCAUUACUUAAGAGGGCAAAUAAAAGAAAAAUAAUUAAUUUUUUUUAUUUUGAUUCAUUAGCACGUGUAGUGUUUUAACUUUUAAUUAAAUUAAAUUAAUAAUCUUACGUAAAUUGGUAUUUUUAAAUGACGAUUAUCCACUGUAGCAUGAUCCACUGUAGCAUGAUCCACUGUAGCAUGAUCCACUGUAGCGUGAUCCACUGCAGCGUGAUCCACUGCAGCGUGAUCCACUGUGAGGAAGGAUGCCCCCUAUCGGCAAAAAAAUGAAAUAAUAAAAAAUGUCAAUUAUUUGUUGACAAGAGUACAAUCGCAAACUUUGAUGGCAAAUUUUCGUUAGAAUUAAACAAAAAAAAUAAAAAAAAAUUGUUUUUCAGUUCCACUUUAAGCUCAUGCAUUAUUCAAAGUUGAUCAUGUAAAAUGUGCAAAGAUAUCUUUGAUUUGCAAGGCUUUGUACACAUAUCUAAAUGGAUAAUAAAAAUAUAAAAAACGCAUUUAAAACCCUUUAAAGCGGGUAAUUGCAUCCGACUUAAGGAAUCUGUAAAUAUAGUUAUAAAUUGACGAGACUUUACAAUGUUUACAUAAUUAUAAUAAGCAGUGCAAAAUAAUAAACAAUUAUUAAUUUAAUGUUUA